UUCAGAUAACAGUUGGAAAAAAUGGCUGAUGGAAGUGGCAUCGAUCAAGUCAAGAAAAAGAUAGUAACAUUAACAAACGACUUGGAAAAGUUUAGGGAAAAAGCCACAAAAUGCGAAAAGGAGGCCAAAGAUCUCAGAGAUAGAGCUGAAAAGGCUGAAAAAGAAAGUGAGAGCUACAAGAAUCAGCUGCAGACGCUGGAAAAAGAGCUUUCACAGACUAACGGGGACAAAGAUCAGCUAACAGCUAAACUGCAAAUACUAGAAAGAGAGUCUGACAAUGUUACACACGAGUUGAAUACUCUCCGCAAUAAACUCCGAGAUGCAGAAGACGCAGAAGAGAAAGCGUUGGCAGCAGUGAAGAAGCUAGAAGAUAUGAACGAAGACACAGACCGGAAAGCAGAGGCGGCGUCCAAAAAGGCAGAGAAGUUAGAAAAGGACAUCAAAGUGGCUGAAGAUAAUUCAAAGAAACACGAGACUGCUGUGGUGCAGCUAGAUGAUGAGAUUAUGCGUCUGAGUGUGGAGAUGAAGCAGUUCAGACGGAGACUGGAGAAGCAGGAGGAGGAGAUUGGGAAGAAGGAGAAGCGCAUUGGUGCUCUGGAGCGACAGCUGGAGGAGGAGCGCCGACGCGCCUCAGACUCCACCACCGAAAAACUCAAACUCCAGUCAGAGCUGGAGGCUCUGCGUGACAUGUUCGAGAAAGAACGAAAAGCUCUGAAGCAGACUCAAGACGACUACAAUCGGAUGGUUGGAGAAGUCGCAUAAAUACAAAAGAGAGGGUUUAUCUGAUGCGCAGUCAUCAUUGCACAUGUGAACAUAUGAAGUCGCAACUGUGUAUUAGAUGGUCUUAAAAUGUCGAAUGACUGUUUCAAACUGAUAAAUUUCAGUGCAUUUAUGGUUGAAGCUAGAAUUUACAUCAGCUUAAAUGUUCUGAAUAAUUUUUCACAUAUAAAUAAUUCAUCAAUUCUAUUCGGUUAAAGUGUGUUCAUUUAAAGAGUGGGAUUCAAUGUAGAACCUUACGUUCAUAAAACGUUAUCAUAACUGUAUUUCACUGAAAAAUUAUGCAUUGAAUCCUACGAGUAAACUGAAAAUGAGUCUAAACAUUUAUCAUUCGUUGUUGCUUCGAUCGUUCUAAGUUGUAGUAAGUACAAUCAGCAUGGAAUGUUAAAGAAUGGGAAGAUUUUUAUAAUAAUUUUAAAACCGUUUCUAGACUUGGCUUGAAGGUAUUGCUCGUUAUUUAUUCAAAUUUUGUAAUUUUACACGAAUUAUUGAAAGCUUUCAAAUUCGA